ACACCAUGAAAAAUUCAAAAUUUCAGCCAAGCACAUCAUAGAAGUGAGAUUCAAAAAAAAUAAUUCAAGGUUUUGUGUCUAAAUUCUGUUGCCAAGGUGGAAAAUUUGAACAUUUGUUUUCGUGUUUCAUUUUAAAGUCGAAUUUUUGAUAAAAUGGAAAACGCGAAUUUAAAAAGAAAUAGAUGUUUGAGUUUUGGGCCCGAAGAAAAGGUUCUCAUAGCCAAUAUUUGUGCGAAAUACAAAGGAACACUAGAAAAUAAAAAAACGGACCAUAUAUCUACUCGCAAAAAGAACUCGGUGUGGGAUAAAAUUACCGCGGAAGUAAAUGCCUCGAACAACUCUGGCAUAUUCCGAUCCAAAGAUGUUCUGAGGCGCUUUUAUGAGAAUAGGAAGAGGGAGGUGAGGAAAAUUGCAGCAGAAGAAAAAAAAGAACUUUAUAAGACUAGUGGUGGUAGAGCAUUCCUACCAAAAAAAGAUAAAUGCCAUGACAUUUUUCUUUCAUUAAUGAAUGGAAAAACAAUUUACGGUUUAGAAUGUGAGGUAGGAGGUGAUGUAGAACCUGAUAAUGAAAAUUCUGGAUCAAAUGAUGAAACUGUGCCCUCAUAUUUACUGGAGCCAUCAAAAUCACAGACUUCAAAAAUACCAGAGAUUGCAUUCGCACAUGUUGAAACAAUUUCAAAUCAAGUCGAUGAUUUUAACAAUGAAUCUUGGAAAAAAUAUGUGCCAACCGAUUUAUUGACGCCGAUCUCUGAGCGUUUGAGAGUUCCAGAGGUUCAGUCGGUUCUGGAAGAAGAUACUCCUUCAGUAUCUGGGAACCAAGAAAAUAAAAAAAGGAAAUAUGAUGGUGUUCCUUUGGAUACACCAUCUAGGAGGAGACCAACUACAGUGGUAAAGGCUCUAACACGUACAGAGUUCAGGGAAAAAUACAACUUGCUCCUUGAUAAGAGAUUGCAUCUCAUAAAGAAACAAGAGGAAAAAAUCGACGAAGAAAUUAUUUCAAUAAAAGCAGCUCAAGAAGCGAAAGUUAAACUUGAUGCCUUGGAAUAUAAAAUAAAAUUGGAGCAACUGAAAGUUCUGCAGUCACAGAAUCGAAUCCAGUGUGGAACACAAGGGGCGCCUGAUCCCUCUGGAAGAUAACUUGGAAACAAUUCCAAAUUGAUUUUCUUAAGUUAAUUAUGUUGAGAAAAAUAAAAAUUGAUAUUUCAA